AAAAUGGCCGCUGAAAGCCCCGGAAAAGGUCAGUCCAUAGAUUAUGAAUAUCAACCAGUGAAGAGGGAUGGACACUGCGUUAUACGGGUUGGAGACUACCUGUAUAUGUGGGGUGGGAAACAGCCUGAUUUUCCUGAAGUGCAUAAUAAUGAAAAGAAGAAAUCAUUGUGUUCUAUCAUGGAGGUCUGCCACUUGGUGACUGGUAGGUGGGAGCAGAAACCCACCACUGGUAAUCCUCCACUGGGUGUUGUUGGCUAUGCAGCUGCUGCUAUUGGAAAUGAAAUAUUUUAUUUCGGAGGCUAUUGCAACCAUGUUAAUUGUUUUCACAAUAGUUUAUACAGUUUUUGUGUUGACACCUUCAACUGGAAGGAACUCUCUCCUACUACAUCUUGUCAUGGUCCUGUGAUGAAGUGGCGCUGUGCAAUGAUAGCAAUAAAAGUCAACAGUGAAGACUAUCUUGUAGUAAUUGGGGGAUCAGGACCACCAUAUAAUAAUGCACCAGAACAACCUGGUGCCCAGUAUAGUCGUUGGUAUAAUAAUGAAAUACAUUUUUAUGAAGUCUCAUCAGGUGAUUGGAUAUUACCAACUGUGACUGAAGACAGACCACCUCCUAUUGAUUCUUUUACUUUAACAUCAAUUAAUAAUUCCAGUGCUAUAUUUUUUGGAGGUGAAACUGCUAAUGGAUUCAGUAACAAUGUAUAUAUUGUUAAUUUUACUGAUACAUCAGUAAAUUUUUCAAAGUUAUUUAAUCCUGGAGGAUCAGUACAAUGGCCUAAGGAAAGACGUGCUCAUUCCAGUGUAUUGAUUAACUCUAGCUCAGGACCACACCUACUAGUAGUGGGUGGUAGUAAUCAUGAUCUUUGGAUAUUUGAUUUUAAAAAUAAAUCAUGGAAGGAACUGUUUAAUGUACCAGACAGUGUCACUGAUAGAUAUGAUCAUUCUCUUUCCAUAUUGAGUGUGACACCAACCACUAACUGGAUAGUUGUGUUUGGAGGGUUCACAUCGUACACUGAUACAGCAGUUAUUGAACUCAGAUAUACUAGUAAUAGUGAUUGGUCUACUAGUAUAAUACGUCUGGACCAGUAUAAGGAGAAACUACAAGAAAGGAGAAGAGAAUGGGAAGCAUCACAAUCAGUACAACCUGAGGAUAGAAGAGAAAUAGAUCGUCUGAUGCAUGUACUACAAGAAUUGGAAAAGGAACUACAGGAGGAGAGAAGAGAAAAUGAACAAGUCAUAACUACACUACAGCAACAACUUCUAGGAAGAGAACAACAACUUCAACAAGCACAGCAACAAAGAGAAGAAAGAGAAAGGCAAAUUCAGGAUCUUCAGCAACAGCUUCAAGAAAGAGAGAGGGAAUCAGAGCAACAAAGACAAAAAAGUGAAUGGGAGGUUGAACUGGGCAAGGAAAGAGAACAGGAUCUUCAACGGCAGCUUCGAGAACAAGAUCAGCAUCUUCAACAAGCACAGCAACAUGAACAAGAAAGGGAGAGGGAACUUCAACAGGCAAGGAAAAUAGAAAUUAAUGCUUUGGAAAGAGAGCAGGAUCUUCAACGACAGCUUCGAGAAAGAGAGCAACAGCUUCAGUGGGAAAUUCAACAGGGUGCAGAAAGAGAACAGGGUCUUCAAGGACAGCUUCUACAAGCUCAACAGCAGCUUCAGGAAACUCAAGAAAGAGAGAGAGGCCUAGAGCAGCAACUAAGAGAGAGAGCCAGACAUUCAACAAAUGCUACUACUUCCUCCUCCGCUAAUGUAGUACAUGAUUCAACGUCAGUAUCAUCCACUGAAGGAGCUAGAUCAUCUGCUACUGUUGAUGUCAAUAAAGUAAAGAAAGUGAUCAAUAAUGUUCUUGUAUUUCAUUAUGCUGAUCUCAGUUCUUUGAAUACAUCCCUCUUAAAUCUUGCCAGUCAGUUAUUUGCAGCUGGUCUUAUUAGUGAUGAAGUCAGAGAGACUCGUAGCAUGGAAAAAUUUAUAACCGAGUUCAAGGCUAGUCUUAAUUUUAAGAGGAAGUUACCUAAAGUGCAGGAGCACUGUCAAAAGUUCUUAAACUCAUUCAUUGCUGUAAGAGGCAGUUAUGCUGAUGCAGCAGAAGCUUUAGGUGAGGACUGGAUUGAAGCUAUUAGGAAUGAACUGGGGUUUGAUUUUAAUAUUGAGAUUGAUGUUAGAUAGUAAUGUAAUUGAUUUUGCUUGAUUCACUUAGGUUCUUUUAUUAUGCAUGUUUACAUUUUAUAUGGCCAAUCAUGGAAAAUUUUUUGGGUAUAAAUUUUUUAUAUAAUGUGAGUUUUAUGAAAAUUGA